UACACCGCGUCCAGGCAGAACCCUCGCCGGGCGGCGAAAGAUCUGAGCCGCGACGGGCUCCAGCGCCGGCGAGCGCUCUCCCACCUGGCCUAUAAAUGACCCGCCCCCUCUCCCCGUCUCGCGUCUCUCAGAGUUCUUCCCGGGUCGCACGAUGACGUGUCGCUCCUCCACGCCUCCGUCACCACCACCUCACUAAGCCCCCAACACCACCGUACUCCGACCAACCCCCUUUGACAAGCUUCCAAACCCUAGAAGAGGAGGAGGGGGAGGAGCGCGGAGGAGAGCAUUCGAGGAGCUUCGGGAUGGCCAAGGCGCGGAAGCAGAAACCCGAAGGGGGCGCCGGCGCCGGCGGUGGCGCCACCGUGCUCCACCAGAAGCUGUGCCUCUCUAUCGACAUGGAGAACCAGCUGAUUUAUGGGUACACCGAGAUAAGAGUGGUUCUAGCUGAGAAGGAUACCUUCGCUCUACAUGCUGACUGUAUGACAAUUAGGAACAUAUUGGUGGAUGGUGAAGCUGCUGAGUUUGAGUAUUCUCCUCAUUGGAAAAAUGUUGACGAUCAACCGAGCUGGUUGUCGGUAUCAUGUUUGAAGACUGCUGCUGAUGCUGCAUGCUCAGCUUAUGUUUCUUCUCUAACUAGUGAAGCUGUACCUAAUCUCAUCAUUUCAUCUGAGAGAUCAGUCAAGUCAACCAAUGAGCAACCGGGUGAAGAAAAUGGUGAAAAACAUGAAGAAAAGGGUGGAAAUCCUGUUCAAAGUUCUGAUGACAAAGCAGUUAAAGUCUGCAAUGGCUCUGCAGAGGAGAAUGAUAAGGAAGUGAAUAAGGAGAACAAAGAGGAAGCAGAAAAGGAGAACGGGAAGGAUGAGAAAAAUGAGAUGGAGACAGAGAAGGAGAUGAAGAAGGAUAAGGAAAAGGAAGAAGAGGAGGAGGAGGAGAAGAAAGAUGAAAAAGAGGAGAAGGAAGAUGAAAAGGAAGACGUAAUUGAAAAUGAGAAGGACAAGGAGAAUGAAAUGCAAAUUGACGAUGACAAGGUGAAGAACACAAAAGUGGUUCGCGUAGAUUAUAUUUUGGAGAAGGCUGAAACUGGCGUUCAUUUUGUCAACAAAGUCCUGCAUAGUAAUAGUCAACUAAGACGUGCGCACUGCUGGUUCCCUUGCAUUGAUAGUGCAACACAACGUUGUCCAUUUGACCUAGAGUUCACAGUUAGCACGGAUCUAGUUGCGGUCAGCAACGGAGACUUGCUUUACCAGGUCUUAAGCAAGGAAGACCCUCCAAGAAAAACUUACGUUUAUAAAUUGAACACUCCCGUGAGUGCACAGUGGAUAUCUUUGGUUGUUGGCCCAUUUGAAGUUCUUCCUGACAGGAACGGAAUAAGUGUAUCACACAUGUGUUUAUCUCCGGCUUUGUUAAAGCUCGAGAACACCAUCUCAUUUUUCCAUGAUGCUUACAGCUGCUACGAAGAUUAUCUAGCUGCACCAUUUCCUUUUGGUUUAUACAAGCAGAUUUUUCUUCCAUCUGAAAUGAUAGUAUCGCCAACAAGUUUUGGAGCCUCCAUGUGCAUUUUCAGUUCAGAUAUCUUAAACGAGGAGAAAGUUAUAGAUCAGAUCAUUGACACGAGAAUCAAACUAGCGUACGCCCUUGCAAGGCAAUGGUUUGGCAUAUACACAAGUGCAGAAGAGCCAAAUGACGAAUGGCUACUGGAUGGUUUGGCUGGUUUUCUCACUGAGAUUUUUAUCAAGCGUUACCUAGGGAAUAACGAGGCACGCUAUAGGCGUUUCAAGGCCAAUUGCACAGUAUGUCAAUUUGAUAUCAGUGGUGCAACUGCUUUGGGAUCUCCUACUGCUUCAACUGAUCUUUACGGAACCCAAACAAUUGGUUCAUACGGGAAAAUCCGUUCAUUGAAGGCAGUAGCCGUACUUCAAACAUUGGAGAAACAGAUGGGCCCAGACUCCUUUCGGAAGAUCCUGCAGAUGAUAGUGGCUUCAACUCGUGCCUCAAGGACACUAAGUACAAAGGAGUUUAGGCACCUCGCAAAUAAGGUUGGUAAUCUGGAACGUCCAUUCCUGAAAGAAUUCUUUCCACGGUGGGUCGAAUCUUGUGGAUGUCCAGUUAUGAGAUUGGGAAUCUCAUAUAGCAAAAGAAGAAAUGUGGUUGAAUUAGCAGUUUCACGUGGUUGCACAGCAAAAGCUGAUCCUGGUUCUGAUAGCCACGUGAAUGAUGAUAUUCAAGAUAGUGCUAAUGGAUUUCCAGGAAUGAUGAGUGUACGUGUUCAUGAAACUGAUGGGGUGUAUGAUCAUCCAAUUCUACCAAUGGCUGGUGAAGCCUUGCAGGUCGUAGAAUUACAAUGCCAUUCCAAAUUAGCAGCAAAACGGUUUCAGAAAACCAAGAAGGGCUCCAAGCCAGAUGGUUCUGAUGAGAACGUAGAGGCUUCAACUCAAGAGAACCGCACGAGCAUGGAUUCACCUUUAUUGUGGAUCAGAGUGGACCCAGAAAUGGAAUACCUUGCUGAGAUCCAUUUUCACCAGCCUAUUCAGAUGUGGAUCAAUCAAUUGGAGAAGGACAAAGAUGUCAUCUCCCAGUCACAGGCAAUAGCUGUUCUGGAGAAAUUACCCCAGAUAUCCUUUGCUGUGAUUAAUGCGCUCAAUAAUUUCCUAAAUGAUACGAAGGCCUUUUGGAGAGUUAGAGUUGAAGCGGCAUAUGCGUUAGCUGUAACUGCAUCGGAGGACACAGAUUUAACUGGGCUGCUUCAUCUGGUUAAAUUCUAUAAAAGCCGCCGGUUUGAUGCAGAUAUUGGAUUGCCAAGGCCGAACGACUUCAAUGAUAUUCCAGAAUACUUUGUUCUUGAGGCAAUUCCGCACGCAGUAGCUCUUGUUAGAUCAUCAGAUAAGAGCAGCCCAAGACAAGCUAUUGAAUUUGUUCUUCAGCUUCUAAAGUAUAAUGAUAACAAUGGAAAUGUAUACUCCGAUGUCUACUGGCUUGCUGCAAUGGUUCAGGCAAUAGGCGAACUAGAAUUUGGCCAGCAGGGCAUAGGCCUCCUAUCCUCUCUUCUGAAGCGUAUUGACCGGCUCCUGCAAUUUGACAACUUUAUGCCUGGUUACAAUGGUGUUUUGACUGUCAGCUGCAUUCGAGCCCUUGCACGUAUAGCAGAGAGGGUGUCAUCUUCCAUUUGCAUUGAUCGUAUUUGUGAACUGAUUGCUCCCUUCCGCAAUAUAGACAAACCAUGGAAAGUCCAAAUAGAAGCUAGCAGGGUUCUUAUUGAUCUGGAGCAUCACCAUAAAGGCCUUGAUGCUGCUCUCUUGUUGUUCUUGAAAUAUACUUAUGAAGAAAAAUCUUUGCAAGGAGGGACAAAGUUGGCUGUUCAUGUAUUGCGCUUAUGUCAAGCAAAUGUUGAGCCUGACCUUACUGAUCAAAUAAAAUUACCAACAGUGGUUGGUCUCCUUCACCUACUUGGUAGCAGAAAGGCAUACAAUAACGUCUUUCUUCGCCAUAAUGUGUUCUGCAUUUUGCAAAUCGCUGCUGGAAGAUCUCCGACACUACAUGGAGUUUCGAAGCUUGUCGCCCCCUCUCCACUGGUUCAGGAGAUAUCCAGUGAUCAGCAUGCUAAAGCUGAUUCCUCGGUUCCUCAACUAUCAAGGCCUCAAGAACCUUCCUCUAGCACUCCUAGUGUACGCGAGGUCUUGCUGACCACUGGACCUUCCAAAGAUGCUGAUAACAUAUCUAACUGCAGCGAGAGAAGGAAUGUUGUCAGAAUUAGGGUGAAACGUACUACAUCUUCCAGCAAAGCAGAUGGUGCUGAUCACAGAGAUGGUUUGCAUGGUGGAAGAAAUGAAAACGAAGCAGGUCCUUGUAGUUCUAUGUCAGUGGAUGCCCCGAUGGUUGGAGCACCAAAUGAGCCACUGAAUCUAAGUGAUCAUAACAUCGAAGAGCAGAACUCAUGUCAUGACCGUGAAUCAAGGAUGUCUGCAAGUGUCAGCAAUGCCAAACUACUGGACAAGCAUGAAAUUUCCAAGGAACUACAGUGUACAGCCGAUUCAAGGCUAGAUUCUGUUCCAAAGGAUCAGUUCUCUCCUGUCACUAAUGUGCAGGAAGGUGUAGAUAAGCCUGGUAGUCAGCUCGAAGGAGUAUCCACCAGUUAUGUUGGAACCCAAGCUCCAGAGUCCAUCAAUGGGCUGGAUGCAAAAGAGAAGAAGAGAAAGGACAAGAAAGAUAAAAAGCGGAAUCGAGAUGAAAGACGAGACAAGAAGGAUGAUCCUGAGUAUCUGGAGAAAAAACGUCUUAAAAAAGAGAAGAAAAAGACGGAGAAAGAGUUAGCCAGAAAGCAGAAGGAAGGUGACAGAGUUUCUUCUCAACAGAGGAUAGUUAAACCUUCGGACUCACAAGGAACUUUGGCAGCCACGCUCACUCCACCAGCUACAGUGCAAAGUGCUGAACCCCAGGUUUCGAACAAGGAUGUCACAGUAGAUACUGCACGGACACCGCCGACUAAGAUAGUAAAGAUCAAAAUCAAGCCCUUAAAGAAAAAACCCUGAACGGAGGUUCAUGAGAUCCUAGAUUGCCUUGAGCCACUAUUUGUAAGGAUCAAUUGUUGUACAGUAGAAACGAAACAGGCAAGCUGUAGUUGUUGAUGAGUAGCCAGAUUUUUUGUGAAUGGCUGAUGUAUCAUGUAAAAACUGCUACUGCCCCAGUAUUCCUGGGAGUAAUUGGGAUAAAAUUCUAGGAAGCCCUUAGCGUGAAUGAUAGUGUCCCAUUCUGUUGUUGCUCC